AUGACAAGUUACAGCAACGGUGGAUUUUUCAACCCUGCUUACCAUGACAGCGAGACUCUGGAAAUUGAUAGAAGGUCUUCAAGUAAAACCCACCACGCGAAUCCCUAUGCCAGGGAAGCCCCGGCCUGGCGGGGUGACAGGGCAGAGACACAUAACACUUCCAUAGGUCAGACCAGCGGUGAUGAUGCUUUUGCGAGAGUACCCUGGGGUGGUUGGCAGGAGGAGAGCUGGAGGGGGAGAGAAAGCAUCCCCAUGGGCCUCAUCUCAACACGCCCCGGGAGCCCUUCAUGGCAGCAUGAUUUCAAUCACAGUACAUUUCAAGUCAACCCUGACUCUCAUUAUGAUCGAUCACUGUCCGUUCGACUUCCUUCUUCAGUGUCAGGUAACAUGACAAUGCGAUGGAGGGGAAUCACAAUGAAAAGGAUGAGCAUGUUCCCUGACACUGAUCCUGCCCAUGUAGCGUUCACAGAGGAUGCCAUCAGGAACGAGAUGGAGAAUGAGGAACAGAAUCUGGUUAAGGAACUGGUAGCCUUGUCAACACGAGACCGAAUCCGGGCCAUUCGGGACCUUCCAAUGAGCUUUGAAGAAAAGAAACAUAUCAGGAGCCAAGUUCUGGCAUUCAGGUCCUCCAAGCAGUCUCGCCAGUUCACGUGUUUUGCCGAUUGUUCUGAGAAUGUGUCACUGUUUUUCCGCAGGUGUGGUUACAGUAUAAGGUCGGCCAGGCAGACCCUGGAACUGUGGCAGGGCAUCAUGAAAGAGAUCGGAGGCAGGUUUGGCACCAGUGUCCUCUCCUAUUUCGUGUUCCUCAAGUGGCUGCUCAUGUUCAACAUUUUCUCCUUCCUGGUCAACUUUGGUUUUAUCACCAUUCCUCUGCUUGUUUACGACCCCUCACCCAACAUACCUCCAAACGUGAGCUUCAGAGGACUGGAGAUACUGACAGGAGCUGGUUACUUCAACUACACUGUCAUGUAUUACGGUAGCUACAGCAAUGAAACGCUUGUGGGUCUAGUGGACUACGACAUGCAGCUGGCCUAUUUCUUUACCAUUGCAGUCUAUAUGGUGCUGUGUGGGGUUGCGGUUAUUUUCAGCAUGGCCAGUUCAUUUAAGACAAACUAUGUACUAGCAGAGUCAGCUUCAAACGGAGCAUGGCAGCUUCUGUGCAGCUGGGAUUUCAGUGUAACCAAUGAGAGAGCAGUGAGACAGCGCAAGAACAACCUCCGUGUCCAACUCAAGGAGUCUUUGUCAGAAAAGGCCCAGGGGGAGCUGCUAACCCUCUCUGAAAAACUGAAGCACUACGGGGUUUAUCUGGGUUCCUGGCUUCUCUCCACUGGCUUAGCUAUUGGCUGUGGAGCCAGCAUCUACUAUCUCUGCCAAUAUGAACAGCAGCAAGCAGCGGAUGUUGCCAACUGGUCUCUGCUUCAGGAGGCAGAGACUCUCCUGGUUCCCUUUGUGGUUUCUCUGAUGAACCUGGUUGUCCCGCUCUUCUACUCCCUCUUCAACAAGUUUGAGCUCUACUCCAGCCAGCGUAGACAGGUCUACGCUCUAGUAAUCAGAAAUGUCUUACUCAAGAUGUCCAUUCUGGGUGUCUUGUGUUAUUACUGGAUGAACGUGGUGGCUGAGAAAUUUUCGUGUUGGGAGUCCAUGGUAGGACAGGCUUUGUACCGUCUGGUCAUUUUUGAUUUCCUUUUUCUGAUGUUGGGAUCCUUCUUUGGAGAGUUUCUUAGCAAUGUGAUUGGGACCAGAUUCCUACCACGUCUGGGGGUUCCAGAGUUCGACAUAGCCAGAAAUGUCCUUGAACUCAUCUAUGCACAGACUCUAGCCUGGAUUGGAAUCUACUUCUCUCCUCUGCUGCCUGCCAUCCAGAUUGUCAAAUUGUUCAUCUUGUUUUACCUAAAGAAGGUCAGCCUGACCCAGAACUGCCAGCCUCCCCGGCGAACAGGCAGAGCAGCUCAGAUGCAAACAAUUUUCAUCGCCCUUCUCUUCUUCCCUUUCUUUGUGGGGGCCUUGUCCAUGGUUGCAUACACCUCUUGGAGACUGACUCCAUCAGAUCAGUGUGGUCCUUUCCGGGGACUCAACAGUACCUUCAGUGUGGUUGGAGUCUGGAUAGGAGAUCUGGAAGAGAUCCCUGGAUCUCAGUGGGUUGUGUGGAUCUACCAAAACGUGAUCAGGAGUGAAGUCUUCUAUUUUCUUAUCACACUCCUCAUCCUGGUCGUCAUAUACAUCUUCUGGCAAGUCGUUCGGGGCCGCAAGGAGCUUAUUGCUCUUCUGAGACAGCAGAUUGUAAAUGAGGGGAAAGACAAGUCCUUCUUGUUAGACAAGCUCCAGAACCUCCAGAAAUCUCAACCUACUAAAAAACCCAAACAGAAGAAUCAAAAAAAGCAAACCAAACGGCAUUCAGAUGAACGCUCUUCAGGUGGGCAGUCCAACUCAAACGCUAUGGUUCAGGCUUUACUUGCUCGCCAGCGACUCGAAGAGGAAGAACAAAGUUGGAGCGCUGGUGGAGUGCCUGUUCCCUCUGACAUCUCCGCCUCCAGCGCUCUGGUGCAGGCCAUGCUGGCCCGUCAGAGAGCUGACAGCCAGGAUGAAGAUCUGUACGAGAUGCCUGACAAACACCCGUCAUCCUCCAGCGCCUUCGCACAGGCCAUGCAAGCCAGGCAGAGGGCUGAGGGUCAAGAGAGGGACGAAUACUAUGGUACAGCAGGUUCUUCUGAAAACCCUGUCAACAGAUCCAGCGCUGUCAUGCAGGUGAUGCAAGCCAGACAAAGAGCAGAGGAAGACAGAGCCGAUGGCACAGAUGACCUGCCAUCUUCUGUGUCAAGUGUUAUGAUGCAAGUCAUGCAAGCCAGGCAGUUAGAAGAGGAGGAGGAGGAGGACAGGUUACAGUGGGUCCCUGCUCCCCCACAAAACCCGGCUCCCCCAGGCUCCAGCGCUCUCAUUCAGGCCAUGUUGGCCCGGCAGCAGGCCCAGAACGAGUACGAUGACGGUUACUGA